AGAUAGGAAUACGAGUUAGAGCACAACGCAUUGAACCGGAAGACGAGUGAUCCAAACAGCGAUCCAACGACUCAUUAUGUUUGAGAAAACUCUGCAAGACAUAGUCAAGGGUAUUCGUGCCUCGAAAAGAGACACUGCCUUGUAUAUCAGUCAAUGUAUUUCGGAAAUCAAAACCGAGAUAAAUUCCGAUGACAUGUACAUCAAAACGAAUGCACUCCAAAAACUCACUUUCUUGCACAUGAUGGGGUACAGCAUGAGCUGGGCAUCCUUUGCUACCACAGAAGUAAUGAGUUCACCGAGAUUUGCCCAGAAACGGAUCGGGUACCUGGCUGCCGCACAAGGAUUUACACAAGAUACCGACGUGAUUCUGCUGACGACAAAUCUUCUCAAAAAGGAAUUGCACAGUGCGGUUGCCGGUGCAGGUAUUUACGAAGCCGGGCUCGCCAUCAAUUGCGUCUCGAACAUCGUAACAGAGCAGCUUGCCCAAGAUCUAUUGCCAGAGCUCACAAACCUGACCACGCAUUCCCAGCCUUAUUUGAGAAAAAAAGCUCUUUUGUGCCUCUUUAAGUUAUUCAUCAAGUACCCACAAGGGUUGCGACUAACCUUCGAGAAAAUCCAACAAUGCCUAAAUGAUUCAAACCCUGCGGUCGUUAGCUGUGCCGUCAAUGUGAUCACAGAGCUCUCCCAUACAAACCCAAAGAACUAUCUUCAUUUGGCUCCUGCCUUUUUUGACAUUCUGACCAAUUCGAACAACAAUUGGAUGCUUAUUAAAGUGGUCAAACUUUUGGGGAGUCUUGUGCCAGAGGAACCGCGAUUGGCCCGGAAACUACUUGAUCCUUUGGCCGGCGUUGUCCGCAGCACUCCUGCGAAAUCUCUGCUGUACGAAGCCGCUCAUGCCAUCACCAAAUGCCUGCCAUACUGCCAGAAAAGUGAUGGAAGCAUGCCCGCGAACACGCCCGACAUUGUGGCGCUGUGUGCCCAGACCUUUCGGGAUUUUGUGCAAGAGAAAGAUGCGAAUCUCAAGUACCUGGGUCUGGUGGGAUUCGGGAGUCUCGUGCAGUCGUUUCCAAAGGUUUUGUCGAGCUCCGGUUACCGACCUCUCAUAUUAGCGUGCCUCUCAGAUGAGGACGUAACGAUCCGCUCCCGGGCGCUGGAUUUGUUGCCCAGUAUGGCUUCCCGCAAGAACCUUGUCGAGCUUGUCGGCCAAUUGCUUCAGCAUGUGGAAUUUGCCAAUGGCACCUACAAGCUCGAUUUAGUCGCCAAGGUGGUAGAAAUGUGCAGUGGGGAUAAAUAUGCUCUUAUGCAAGACUUCCGUUGGUAUCUUGACACAUUGCUUCAGCUUGGUCACAUGAGGGGACUGGAUGCCCAUGGUGAACUUUUGCGAUCGCAAAUCUGCGAUGUUGCCCUUCGAGUAUUGCCCGUGCGUGCAUACGCCGUAAAGCGGUCGAUGGAAGUUUUGCUGGAGGGAAACAACGACAACAAUGCGGCCAAUAUUACAGAUAAUGGCCGGGGUAAGCACAUUAUGCCAGAAAUUCUCCCCGCUCUGGCUUGGAUUGUUGGUGAGUAUUCCGAUCUUCUCCCAGAAGCUAUGACGAUGGAUUCGGAUGCGGUUUACAUCUAUGAUGAGAACAGCGAAGGUCCCUCCCAUUCCCUGUUACAGGCCGUGACGGCACCAAUCAAUUCAAACAAGCUAGCGGCGUCGACCCAAUCGGUGUUUCUGCAGGCUAGCCUGAAAAUAUUUGCUGCGAGCUGUGCCAACUCGCAAGUUUCGGAUUCCGAGCUUGAAGCAUGUGUUCAUACCAUUUUUUUCAAUUUAGGCGUAUACAUGGAAAGCACAGAUUCAGAGGUUCGUGAGCGUGCAAAUACAUUGAACGGUGUGUUGGUGGCGUUGGAAUUGACUUCUGGGCUUCGUGGUUUGGGACCUCCUGGAUUGACAGCAUUAGACGAUGGCGAAGGGGAAAGUGAUGAUGAUAGUCCCGACGACCAUACCCCUUCCGAUGGAAAUUUGCUGAACAUGCCUGCGAUUGCAUCGGCAAAAGUCAAAGAAACCAGUGCCUCAAAAAAGCUUGAUCCUUUCGAAAAUAUGGUUGGGAAAAGCGAAGGUUCUUUGGCACUUCGCUGCCGCAAUGCCAGUUCUACGUUGAAUUAUCUAUUGAAACCAUCUCCUAUGAAACCCACUGGUGCAAAAGCACAACGGAAGAAACAGGCGGCUUUAACUGGAGUAGAUGUCGACUUAAAUGUUCCUAUUGAUGCUUCUGUCUUUUCUUUUUGGAUUGAAGAGGAAAAAGCACAUCGACAGAGCUCUCGGCUGAGCAUGGAAGCUGUAAGCUUUACUCAACAAAAACCGAUGACACUUUCAAAACCUACAAGCAACGUUUCCGCUGAUGCUGUACCAUCAAUUGAUGCCCAAUCUUCUUUUACAAAUGACGUCAUGAGCAACAGCUUCAGCAACAACAACGAACCUUCGAUGACUUCUGGAUUGUUGUCUCCGGGACAAUCACAAGAUAAUGUGAGACAAAAUCCAACCAAAACUGCCAAUGAUCCAUUUUAUCUCAAUUCUUCGACCGCAACAACAGAUUUGCGGAAUGAGUCUAACUCGAAGACCAAUUUACCAACUCGCUUCGGUAACAUUCAGUUAGGAGAUGACGAUGAUGAAGAUACCGAUGUCAAAAAGAAGAAAAAGAAGAAGAACAAAAAACAGAAAGAGACCACAAAUGCAUCGCAACUAGGAUUUCAAAACAUGGCUAUCUAUGAAAGUGACGAUGAUGACGAUGAUGUCAUCCAAUUCAAACCUUCAAUGAGAGCUGGUGGAAGAAAGAAUGGGUCGGAGCUAAACGGUUUAGCAAACGUCGACCUUUCCGAACCACUUCGAGAAGAUGAAGUUUUCCUAGAGCGCAAACAUCGAGUUGUACCUGAGAGACAACCUGAACCUGUAUCGAUGGACAUGGCAACAGAAGCAGAACGUUCGAAAUCAAAGAAGAAGAAAAAGAAGAAAGACUCAAAAAAAAGCAAGAAAGAUUCCAAUCAACAAAUGAACGAGCCCCCGACGAAAGAAUUCGAUCUCCUUGACCUUUUUAACGCUACUACCCAAGCUCCUCCAUCUCAACAGACUGCGCCCACUCAGACCUUUUCCUACUCAUCCAAUGGUAUGCAGAACCAGCACAAUCUUGUUAACAACGCAUUCGACGGCAUUUUGGGGCUACCAAAUCCUGCCCAAGGAUUCUCUGCUGCUGGUCCUCAAAAUUCCAUUACAGAUCUCUAUGGUGUGACCACUCAAAAUAGCAAAGCGAUUUCGUCGUCUAAAGUCGGGACUAGUGGAAAGAAACCAUACCUCCUUGCAACCAUUAAACCAUCUUCUGCCUCGGGUUCUCCUUCAGUGGAUUGGUCGAGGGUUCAGUUAUCUUAUCGUGUUUCUCGUUCUCAGAUGGAAAGUUCUAUGGGAGUUUCGCUGGUCAUUCGGAUACAAAAUGAUACUAAUGCAACCACAUUGAGUGGUCUCGUAUUGCAGCUGAAAAAUCAUGGUGAUAUACAAAUUGGUGAUGUCGCACCCAACUCUACGGUGGAGUCCUCAAAGGUUGGGCCUUUUUCGUAUCCAUCAUUAGAUGUAGCUCUAGAGGUCAAGGGCAAACUAGCCACAAGAGACUCAAAUGUCUCAGUGAAGCUAACUUUACCUGUUUCAGUUCACAUGUCACCAUCUGGAGACGGAAUGACAAUGGAACGCGUCGCGUCAGAACUAGCGUCUUCGCAGUGGGCAUCUCAUAGCACGAAAAUUGCACAUAAUUCGACCAUGGCACCAGAAAAAAUCAAACAGAAGGUUUGCACCUUUUUGCGAAUGACAGAAGUUGACCCCACCAAUCCUUCCUACGGAACGCUGGCAGGAACAUCUGCAUCAGGAGUUCCUGUUCGUGUCUUGAUCAAAGUAAAGACAGACACUGUGAAACUCGAUAUAAAGAGUGGCAAUAUUGACCUGGGCAAAGCAAUUGCCUCUGAACUGAAAAAAUUAAUUAUUUAAAAAUUAAUUAGAUGUUACAAG